UCUGCCAGGCAUGACCGCCCAAAAGGUGGAAUUCAUCACCGAAUCGCGCUCUCGGCAUGUGGUGUGCUUGCAAAUAACAGCUUUGAUGGCUGGUUGACAGAAGACCGUGAAGGAAAUGUACGGGUGGAGCUACCGCUGGACGGUAUCCUUCACAAGAGAAAGUAUUACUUCCAUGUGCCGGGUGAUCAUCCAGAUCCAUACCCUAUUGUCCCUAGCUUUGAGGACUGGAUGUUCCCCCAUGAGAAGCUGCCUCCUGGGUGGAAGCUUGAUAUCCCUCGCGAGGCAAGCCAUCCAACGCCAAGACAGAGCACACUAGCUGAAGCUGUUCUCUCACGCGACAUCCGCUGCCGAUUAACCAACCACAUCGAAGGAACGGAGUGUGCUCAUCUAAUUCCUCGAAGUCAAAGCAUAUGGUUCCAGAGAAACAUGAUGAGUAGAUAUGGUAGACUUCCUUCACCAGGUGAUGAGCCAGUAGACACUCCCCGUAACGUUAUCCUCCUCCGGUCGGAUAUACACUCAUCAUUUGACUAUAAGCGGUUUUCUUUUGUACCCAAGCCUGAGCAUGCCAUCAAUAACAGCGCACAGUCCACGGGCAACCAACCCCUGUCAUAUGUCGCACAUCUGGUGAACUCUCCCGAACCGCAUGAGCUCACAUCCCUUUACCAUAACGUAAAGCUUCAGCCACUCUGUGGUGUAGCUCCUGAAUAUGUAUCUGCCCGAUUUGCAUGGACUAUCUUUCAGUAUAUCCCCAUGUUCUUACAGGCGGGCGUUCCCUGA